CGGUCACCGGAAGUGGUAUCGCUGCGCAUGCGCAGUGUGGAGGGCAGCGCUAGCGGUGCGGAGGAGCAGAAGCGCGAGGAGUUUCUUUAGCUUUAAUUAUUCAACCUAUUAAUUAUAGUGUUUAUGAAUCUACGCAAUGGCGGGAAUCAAAGCUCUGAUCAGCCUGUCGUUUGGAGGAGCGAUCGGUCUGAUGUUCCUCAUGCUGGGCUGUGCUCUGCCCGUCUAUAAUGCGUACUGGCCUCUGUUCCUGCUCUUCUUCUACAUUCUGUCUCCUAUCCCAUACUGCAUCUCUCGCCGCGUGGUGGACGACACAGACUCGGCCAGCAACGCCUGCAAAGAGCUGGCCAUAUUCCUGACCACAGGCAUCGUGGUGUCCGCCUUCGGGCUGCCCAUCAUAUUCGCCCGCGCUAAUGUGAUGGCCUGGGGAGCCUGUGCUCUGGUUCUGACGGGAAACAUCGUGAUCUUCGCCACCAUCCUGGGCUUCUUCCUGGUGUUCGGCUCUAAUGAUGAUUUCAGUUGGCAGCAGUGGUAAAGCAGGACUCUUUUCCCUCGAUGCAGCGUCAUUAUAAUACUGUUACCGCAGUUCAUCUCACUCUGACAUGAUUGUUUUUAUUUAUAAUUGCCGCCCAUUGAUAUAAGCAGGAAUCCAGUGCAAUAAUUUUGUUAAUUUUAGAUCGGUCUGACCUCAGAUAGACGUUCUUUCGUGUCUUUUCUCGUUUCUCGCUCCGUGAGUUCAGGUGGUCGCACAGAAACACUGGUGACGUCUGAGUGAUGUUUGUCCCUGCUUUCCCCAGUUACUCUUCAGCUGAUGUCUUUCUUUUUAUUCAGAGUUUAUUUAUUUGCUCUCGUUUUCUGAUUAUCGUAUUAAACGUGACAUCGUAGACUGACACUCGUUAUGUUGUUUUGGAUGAUUGUGUUGGUUUGUUUUUAUUGCAUAGUGAUGCUUUUGGCAUCUUGAGAAACCCAGACAUUUCCCGCAAACAUUUCUUUUAACCAUAUUUGUGACCCUGCAGCACAAAAGCAGUCAUAAGCAGCACAGGUAUAUUUGUAGCAAUAGCCAACAAUACAUCGUAUGGGUCAAAAUUAUACAUUUUUCUUUUAUGCCAAAAAUCAUUAGGAUAUUAAGAUCAUGUUCCAUGAAGAUAUUUAGUAAAUUUCCUACCGUAAAUAUAUCAAAACUUCAUUUUUGAUUAGUAAUAUGCAUUGCUAAGAACUUCAUUUGAACAACUUUAAAGGUGAUUUUCUCAAUAUUUAGAUUUUUUCACACCCUCAUAUUUUCAAGUAUUGUCUGAUCCUAACAAAACAUACAUCAAUGGAAAGCUUAUUCAUUCAGAUGAUGUAUAAAUCUCAAUAAAAAAAAUGGACCCUUAUGACUGGUUUUGUGCUCCAGGGUCACAAAUGCAGAAAAACUCAGAGUAACCGCUAACGAUCAACAUGCAAAUGAAAAGCAGAUCAUGUUUGUUUUAGAUGUAGCUCAUAUUCAUCAUUUAAGAUGUGCAUUCAAAUAUAAAGACAGGAUCAUCAGUUUCUAUAAAUCUCUGCAGAACUAAUGUAGAAUCAGUGGGUCUGGGCUUCCAGACGAGAGUUUAAAGUCAGCGUGACGUCUCAGUGGACCCAGAUGAUCUUAUAUGCAGUGAUUCACCAGUGCAUGCUACUCAAAAAAUAGAGAAAUAUAAAGUUGGACUUAUAAUCUUUCAUUAUGUCCUUUUAUUCAAGUAGAGACACCUUUCACCAUCCAAUCAAUCCAUUCCUGAAGGAUCAGAUCAAGUCUUGUCCUACACUUGUUUCAUGAUGAAUUCUGUCACACAUUCGUACUGUUUGUCACAGAAUUUAAAAAUAAAAAAAGUAAUUGUGACUUAUAUCUCACAGUUCUGACUUUUUUUGCUCUGAAUUGUGAGUUUAUAUCAUAGAAUAAAAAACGUAAAACUUCUUAUUCUCACAAUUCAGACAUUUUUUGUGAAAUAUAAACUCGCAAAGUCAGAAUCAUGAAAUAACAAUUGCCUCGUAAUUGUGAGAUUAAAAACCUGCAAUUACCUUUUUCAUUUUUUUUACUCUGGCGAAAACAAAACAAAAAUACAUUUACAGACCUGCAAGACGUAAACUCAGAAUUAAUGCAAGUUCUGUUUCUAUCUUGCAAUUCUGACUUCUUUUCUCGGAACAGUGAGAGACAAAGCUUGAAUUGUGAGAUGAGACGCCGCAGUGAGCUGUUCGUGUGUUUUAUUCUGUGCUUGCAUUCAUUACAGAAGCAGAAUGCGUUUAACUGCUGUUUCAUGUUGACUUUAAAGCUUUCAAGAGAUGUUCUGUUAUUUUAUAUCUCACUGUUUGUGCAGAAACAGCACAGGUAACAUUGUGACUUUUUCCCUCUUUUCUCGUUCUUUUUUAAAUAAACGCCAUUUUUGGAAAAAAAAGGAAU